AUGCCUCCCAAAAAGGCCCACGACGACUCUGAACCGAAGUCGACCCACCCGAAAGAAAAGAACGGCCACGGCCAUGCCAAUGGGAAAAUGCGCCGUGUCGCCAGUUCCACCGGGUCAAACUUGAAGGAGGUUACGAACGCCGCGAACAUGCCGUCACCUCCCACCGAGGUGACAGCAACAAAUGCACCAGCUUCCAACCCAAGUGUGAGUCUACCCAUGGCCAGAGUCAAGAACCCCGUUGUCCCUCGUGACGCAAUCGCUUACGCCGAGCGUCGCGCCCAACAGAUCCAAUGGACCAGUUUCGACCGGGACUUUCUUCAUCGAUACCGCCGCGAGCACCACCUCACAACUCCGACCGCCUACGCAAGCGACUACCGCUCGUGGGUCUUGACCAAGCCCGGAAGCAUUGGCCUCUACUCCCCAACACUAGCAAGAAAGCAAGCCUUCCGGCGCCAGACGAAGGGCCAGCUGGCAAAUACGGUGCGGAAACACUUCAGCAGUCAGGCUGUCCAGGAGAAUGAUGCCGUCGUGGAUUUUGUCCACCGCGUCAGGCGAGGCCGGCUGACCAAAACGAGCACCUUGCCCAGGGCAGGGAAGAAGAUGACGGAACCCGACAGAAUAUAA